AUGGCUAGACUACUUCUUGUGAAAUCAGAUGUUUACGAACUAGGAGAAAUUAUCGGACAAGGUGCUUAUGGGUGCGUAUUCAAAAGUCGAAAUGUAGCGACCAAUGAAACGGUGGCGAUCAAACGGAUGAGCAUGUUGCGUACUCGAGAAGGUUUACCACCUUCAGUGAUUCGUGAAGCGGCUCUACUGAAAAGAAUUGGAAAAGUUGGUAGUGAUAAUUUGAUCUGUUUGAAAGAAGUGUUUAGUGAACAAUCAAGUGUUGAUCAACAGAAUAUAUACUUUAUUUUUGAAUAUGUUGAACAAGAUCUUGAACGUUAUCUAAAAAUUCAUAAUCUCCUGCAUAUUGAUCAGAUUCGAAAUUUCACUCAACAAUUAUUAACAGCUGUUUCAGUCCUUCAUAGUCAUUCGAUUUUUCAUCGCGAUAUUAAACCACAAAAUAUUCUUAUUACAAACAGUGGUAUACUGAAACUAGCUGACUUUGGCUUGGCUCGAGAAUAUCAUGAACAUAAAGUUUUCACUACUGUGGUCGUGACAAUGUGGUAUCGGGCACCAGAAAUUCUUCUAUCAUCACCCUAUUGUACAUCAGCUGAUAUGUGGAGCGUCGGAUGUAUUCUUGGCGAAAUGGCUUUAGGUCGACCAUUGUUUUCUGCGAAAUCUGAAACUCGUCAAUUGCGGCGCAUUAUUCAUUUAAUGGGUUUACCGAUUGAGACUGACUGGCCACAAGAUUCGCACAUUGGGAGACAAGCAUUUGAGAACUGUCGUCAACCGAUCAUUACUCUGGAACGACUUGUUCGUUUUCCAGACAGCUGUGCAUUCGAUCUCCUUCGAUCAUUACUUUCAUUCAACCAAAGUCUCCGUCCAACAGCUAAUCGCGCGUUAGACCACCAGUUUUUUCGUCGAACCGAUCAUACCUCAUGUACUGUUACUUGGUCAUCGGAGGAUAUUGCUGAAGCGGCAGCUGCUGUGCCAAAUCUUGAUGCGUACAUUGACGGUGAUCUGACUACGAACAAUGAUGGUGAUCAACGAAUUGAAAAUAGUUGCUCAAGACAUGAUCCGAUAGAUUCCAGUUACUAUUAUCAAUUAUGGUCGUCUCCUGAUGAUGAACAACAUAUGCUAACAAUCAACAGUCAUAUGAGUAGUGCUGCUGGUGAUGUACCUCAAUCACCGAUUGAUAUUCUUUCCUGGUGGCCCGAUAGUCCAUGA